AUGGCAGUCGUGCAUCGCCACGGCGGCUCUCAGCAGAGCUACUACGACGGCCACCCUCUCGCGUGGUUCACGCAGUACGGCGAGAAAGGCCCCACCUAUUAUUCCAAGAACUACAAGUACGUGAACGACGAGGCGUCGACGGUGUGGUACCACGACCACAUGGCGGGCAUGACGCGGCUGAACGUGGCGGCGGGCAUGGCGGGGCUGUUCAUCAUCACGGACCCAAAGGUCGAGUCCAAGUACACCUGGCUGCCUCCUCCCAGCCGUACGAUCCCGCUCGCCAUCGCAGAUCGGCUGUUUUCCGCCAACGGGUCGAUCAAUUAUCCGAACGUGGGCAUUGUGCCGAAGGUGCAUCCCAACUGGAUUCCCGAGUACCUCGGCAACACCAACAUGGUCAACGGCGUGGUCUGGCCGUACCUCAAGAUUCGCCCGGCGCUUUACCGUUUCAAGGUGCUGGGCGCGUCGAACGCGCGCUUCUACGAUCUGAAAUUCGUUUGCGCGCAGCGCGGCGAUUAUCCCAACUUCGUACCCCCUCUCACGGGCAAGGUCCUUCAGAUGAUCGAGAUCGCUAGCGACGGUGGUUACCAAGAGAAGCCCGUGUACAUGAAUUCGCUGCUCCUCACCCCUGGUGCGCGCCAUGAUAUUCUCGUGGAUUUCUCCAACCUCCCGUCGUCUUGCAAAGACGUCAUCCUCCAAAAUACCGCGCGUGCGCCUUACCCGGGCGGUAUUGCCGCUGACCGCGACACCGGACUUGUCAUGCGCAUCGUGAUCACCAACCGUGGACGUUUCCCCGCCCCUAAAAUCCCCAACCGAAUUUCGUACGUUCCUAGGAUCAACUUCAGGGACGUUCAGAGGGUGCGAUGGCACCGCCUGGUGGAAGAAAUGGAUCCAAAAACGAACCUCCCCAUCCGCGUCACCAUCGACAACUUAGGGUUUAUGGACCCUGUCAGGGACUACCCGAAGCAAGGCACGAACGAGAUCUGGCACAUCAUCAACCUCUCGGCCGACGCGCAUCCGUUCCACAUCCAUUUGAUUGACCACCGUCCGAUCGCCCGCCGCGCGUUUGACGUGGCGGAUUUCCAGGCUGGCAGGUGCUCGUUCCGCAAAUCGGAUAAGAAGCCCGCGUGCUGGACGAGCGGAAGAAUCCCCGUUGAUCCGAUCGAGAGGGGGUGGAAGGACACGACACCUGCGUAUCCCGGUCAGGUGCUCACACUGUGGGCUGGGUGGAAGGAUAACAACGGAAGGCCGCUUCAGUUUGAUGCGUCUGUCGGGCCUGGGUAUGUGUAUCAUUGCCACAUGCUGGAUCACGAGGACAACGACAUGAUGCGGCCGUUCAAGAUUGUGCCGAAUGGUCGCACUGAAUGA